AUGUUUCCGUUCUCUUCCUACAGCAAUGGUUACAUUCUCACUGAUUUCAAGAUGAUCAAAGAAGCUUUUUCGCAAAAAGAACUUUCGAACAGAGAGGGGUCAGAAAAACAGAGCCAAGAGAUAGCCAGCGACAGGGCAUUCAUCGGACUUGAUAAAAAGGCGCAUGAAAUUCUUGGUCCAGAUGACCAACUUAUAAAAAACGGCCCUGGAAAUUUCAUCGGCAUCGGAGAUGGCCCAUAUGAUGCUGUGCACAAAUCAUUCAGACAAAUGUGGUUUGAUACCUCAAAACGACUCACCGGAAAGAACCGAAUGAUCGAAAUCAUGCAGCAAAGUUCCAGCUCUGUGAACGAGAUUUUACUCCGGGAAGGGAGCAAAGAAAGUGGCAUGGAUCCAAAAAGAGUAUUUAUGAACGGAACAAUGAAUGUCAUCACCGGCUUUGCUUUUGGAAACACCAUGGAAUUCGACGAUCCAGUCUUCAAAGAAAUCGCCAACGCUGUGACUACAAUAUUUAAAUUUUUCAGCGUUUCAAUUUUGAAAAGAACCAUUGCCGGAAAAGUCCCAUCUUGGGUCACUAGAAAUUUUGUUUAUCAGAGAAUUUGGCACAGUUUUCUCAAAGAAAGAAACGAAGUCGUUCUAAAGUUUCACGAGUUUCUUCACAAACAAAUCGUUAACCAUCGGAUCGACUUGGACAAAAACAACCCUCGGGACUAUCUUGAUAUGCUUCUUAUUGCUGCUGAGAAAGAAAAACGACUUGGGUAUGAUGUCGUGGUCGCUACAGUUCUUGGAAUAUAUCUUGGAGCGAGCGAUACUCUUGCAAACCAACUCUCGUGGUUCUGCGUCACUCUUGCUGAUCACCCAGAAGUACAAGAAAAGAUGUACGAGGAAAUAAUCGCUUCUCUUGAUAAUGAGAAUGAAAUCAAGAAGGAGAACUGCCCCUUUACGAGAUCAGUUUUGCUUGAAUGCCAAAGAUGGAAUCCCGUCGUCGAUAGUUUGCUCCACCGAGCGUCGGAAGACAUUGUUGUCGACGGAGUUUUUAUUGAAAAAGGCUCCACUCUUCAAGCAUCUCUGACGGCUGUAAUGCACAACCCAGCAAACUUUCCGGAGCCAGAAAAGUUCAUCCCUGAUCGAUUUUACAAAAACGGAGAGUUCGUUAAUGACGUUAAAGUAGUCAGCUUCUCCAUCGGCCUUCGGAACUGCAUUGGCAAACAGAUUGCAAUCGAUGAGUAUUUCAUUUUCACGACGAAUAUCAUUCGCGACUUCCGCUUAUCUAGAAAAUCGAAAUCUAUGAAGAUCGCGAACCAUCGAUUUUUACGAAUCCCCGAAGAAGGCCACGUUCGAUUCGAAAAACGCAAUUAA